AAGGAGCCACUGCUUAGGGACUUGACUCCGCACAGGAUGGGUAAAAAAAUAAAGAAGGAAGUUGAACCUCCCCCGAAGGAUGUGUUUGACCCACUCACAAUUGAAAGCAAAAAGGCAGCCACUGUGGUGCUGAUGCUCAAAUCUCCGGAGGAAGACAUCUUAGCUAAAGCCUGUGAGGCCAUCUAUAAGUUUGCUUUGAAAGGUGAGGAGAAUAAAGCAACUCUCCUUGAACUUGGAGCUGUGGAACCUUUGACCAAACUGCUCACCCACGAAGACAAAAUUGUAAGAAGAAAUGCCAUGAUGAUCUUUGGUAUUCUGGCUUCUAACAGUGAUGUUAAAAAGCUACUGAGAGAGUUAGAAGUUAUGAGUUCUGUGAUUGCUCAGCUCUCCCCAGAAGAGGAAGUGGUCAUCCAUGAGUUUGCUAGUCUUUGUCUCGCGAACAUGUCCGUGGAGUACACGGGGAAAGUACAGAUAUUUGAGCACGGCGGACUGGAGCCACUUAUCAGACUGCUGAGCAGCCCAGACCCGGAUGUGAAGAAGAAUUCUAUCGAAUGCAUCUACAACUUGGUACAGGAUUUUCAGUGUCGGACUACACUUCAAGAGCUAAAUGCCAUCCCUCCGAUAUUAGAGCUGUUGAAGUCAGAGUACCCCAUUAUCCAGCUGCUGGCUCUCAAAACCCUGGGUGUCAUCACGUGUGAUAAGGAGGCUCGGACGACACUGAAGGACAAUCAAGGGCUGGACCACCUCACUAAGAUCCUGGAGACCAAGGAACUGAACGACCUGCAUGUAGAAGCACUCGCAGUGAUAGCCAACUGUCUGGAGGAUAUGGACACAAUGGUGUUGAUGCAGCAGUCAGGGAGCCUCAAAAAAGUCCUGUCCUUUGCAGAGAACUCCACAAUUCCUGACAUCCAGAAGAACGCAGCCAAAGCUAUCACCAAGGCAGCUUAUGACCCUGAAAAUAGAAAAAUUUUUCACGAACAAGAGGUUGAAAAAUGCCUGGUGACCCUCCUGGGAUCUGACAGUGAUGGGACCAAGAUUGCGGCUUCCCAAGCUAUUUCAGCCAUGUGUGAGAACUUGAGCUGUAAAGAAUUUUUCAACACCCAAGGGAUUCCACAGAUAGUUCAGUUGCUCAAAAGUGACAAUGAGGAGGUGAGGGAAGCCGCUGCACUGGCCCUGGCAAACCUGACUACCAGCAGCCCGGCAAAUGCCAAUGCUGCUGCAGAAGCAGAUGCCAUUGACCCGCUGAUAAACAUCCUGUCGAGCAAGCGGGAUGGAGCCGUUGCCAAUGCUGCCACGGUGCUGACCAACAUGGCCAUACAGGAACCUCUGCGAGCUAUCAUCCAGAACCACGAUAUAAUGCGCGCACUGCUGGGCCCGCUGCGCUCCACCAACACUGUGGUGCAGAGCACCGCAGCGCUCACUGUGGCUGCCACUGCCUGCGACGUGGAGUCCCGCAACGAGUUGAAGAACUGCGGCGGCCUGGAGCCCCUGAUUGAGCUCCUGCACUCCAAGAACGACGAUGUCCGAAGGCACGCCAGCUGGGCUAUAAUGGUCUGUGCCGGUGACGAGCUGAUGGCCGUUGAGCUGUGCAGGCUCGGGGCCCUAGAUAUCCUUGAAGAAAUUAAUCGAUCAUUAAGUCGGAAAAAUAAAUUUAGCGAGGCAGCCUAUAACAAAUUACUCAACAACAAUCUUUCUCUGAAAUAUAGCCAGACUGGCUAUUUGUCAUCAAGCAACAUAAUUAGUGAUGGAUUCUAUGAUUACGGUCGGAUAAAUCCUGGCACCAAGCUUUCACCACUGAAGGAACUGUGCUUACAGGAGCUGAAUGAUCAACGUGCUAUUCUCCUAGUCAACAAUAAAUCUGACAUCUCCCCACCUCCAUCUAUGGAGGACAAAUCGUCAGACGUUGGCUAUGGACGAAGCAUUUCUUCCUCAUCUUCCUUAAGAAGGGCAAGCAAGGAUAAGGCCAAUGCUGGAUUUGGAUCUCCCACAGAAGAAAAAUCAGAGCCGGCAUCAGGACGAAACACGGUCCUUAGUAGAGGUGCCACCAAAGAGAAAGGGGCAAGGAAAGGGAAAGGGAAAAAAGAAGAGGAGAAGGUGAAAGAGGAAGAGGAGGUCCUGGCAGUGCCCAAGCUCACGGAAAGCCCUGAGAAAGAGUGGUACCCUCCUCCUGACCCUGAGUUCUGUUUGUAUGUCCUGGAGGUGACCAAGACAAUACUGCCCAUCGUCAACAUUAAGGAGCAGAUUGAGGCUCUUGCCAAGUUUGUGGCAGAUAAAAUGGGCGGUAAGAUUGCAAAAGAGAAGCUAGCUGAUUUCAGCUGGGAACUUCACAUAAGUGAGUUGAAAUUUCAACUGAAAUCCAAUGUCAUACCAAUUGGAUACAUCAAGAAGGGGAUCUUUUAUCACCGAGCACUGCUUUUCAAGGCACUGGCUGAUAAAAUCGGGGUUGGCUGCAGCCUGGUGCGUGGUGAGUACAGCCGAGGGUGGAACGAGGUGAAGCUGGUGAACGAGGCUCGGAAGGGCAUUAUCGGGAACCUCCCCCCACCAGACGAGUACAUCGUGGACCUCAUGUUCCACCCGGGGACCCUGCUGAAGCUACGCAGCAAAGAGGCCGACCUCUACCGCUUUCUGUAGUCGUCAGAGGAACACAAAAGCACCCAAACCAGAGAUUGUCCUCCUGUGUUCUUUAAGGGGGCUUUAGCCGUUUAGAUAACUUCAAAUAAAAGUAUUAGAAAUGGUUCUUGUGUAGAAA